CACUCACCUAACCUGUUUCUUCACUUCCUUUUCUCUGAUUUUUCUCCUCUUUCAUGGCACCAAAACCCACUUGAACAACCUUCCCAAACACAAACUUGAUACAACCCAUUUGAGAGAAGCCAACAUAGAAAAGAUUUAUCAAUUUUGCUGGAGAAGAGAAGAUGGAUAGGCUUAUAAGUUUGGAGCCUUCAAAUCUGGUUGCGAUCAGGAUUGAACCAGGGCAGAAAUGUUAUGGAGAGCUCACACUAAGGAACGUUAUGUACACCAUGCCUGUGGCAUUCAGGAUUCAACCGAUGAACAAGGCUCGUUACACAGUCAAGCCACAGUCAGGAAUCAUAUCACCGCUUGCAACACAAACUGUAGAGAUUGUGUAUCAGCUCCCACUCGGGUUGAAUCUUCCUGAUUCCUUCCCUCACAGCGAUGAUUCCUUUCUUUUGCAUAGUAUUGUGGUUCCUGGCGCCGCGAUCAAAGACGUAAAAUCGACUUUCGAUGCAGCUCCGAGUGACUGGUUCACCACCAGGAAAAAACAAGUCUUUAUUGAUAGUGGGAUCAAGAUCAUGUUCGUUGGUUCACCCGUUUUGGUUCAACUCGUUCUUGACGGAUCAAUGGAUGAGAUAAGAGAAGUUCUUGAACGGAGUGACCCGGCGUGGAACCCGGUUGGUUCAGUGGAUUCACAUGGACAGACUUUGCUUCAUAUUGCCAUAGCUCAAGGCCGGCCUGAUAUUGUUCAACUCCUCCUGGAGUUUCAGCCGGAUGUUGAGUCACAAAGCCGGUCCGGUUGUAGUCCACUCGAGGCGGCGGCGGCUGCCGGUGAAGCACUGAUCGUUGAGCUUCUAUUAGCGAGAAAAGUCAGCACAGAAAGAUCAGAAACUUCUACUUGGGGGCCAAUACACUUGGCCUUGGGAGGCGGCCAUUUAGAGGUACUGAGACUUCUGUUACUUAAAGGUGCCACUGUUGACGCCCUUACAAAGGACGGAAACACAGCUUUGCAUCUUGCAGUUGAGGAAAGAAGAAAAGAUUGCGCGCGGCUUUUAUUAGCGAAUGGUGCUAAACCUGAUAUUCGCAACACUAGAGAUGGCGACACGCCCUUGCAUAUCGCCGCAGGGUUGGGAGACGAACAGAUGGUGAAGCUGUUAUUACAAAAAGGUGCCAACAAAGACAUCCGAAACAAAAGUGGCAAAACUGCGUAUGAUGUUGCUGCUGAGUAUGGGCAUACUCGUCUCUUCGAUGCGUUGAGGCUCGGUGACAGUCUAUGCGUCGCUGCGCGAAAGGGUGAAAUGAAAACAAUUCAAAAACUGAUAGAAAAUGGGGCUGUGAUAAACGGAAAAGAUCUACAUGGAUGGACUGCACUACAUAGAGCUUCAUUCAAGGGAAAGAUAGAAGUUGUGAGGAUGCUGAUUGAUAAGGGAAUUGAAAUAGAUGCCAAAGACGAAGAUGGCUACACAGCUUUGCAUUGUGCAGUGGAGUCAGGGCACACAGAUGUUACAGAACUGUUGGUGAAAAAGGGAGCCGAUGUUGAGGCAAGAACCAGUAAGGGCGUUACGCCAUUACAGAUUGCUGAAUCUUUGCACUACGUAGGGAUUACAAGAAUACUAAUUAACGGUGGAGCAACAAAAGAUGGGAAUCAACAUAUGAUGAAUAUGGGUCCAGUUACAAUCCCAUAUGGAUCAAAUGGAAAGAUGGGAAGAGAAGUAAUGGAGAGUAAAGGAAUGAAGAAGAAACCGCCGAGGCCAAGAGUUAUGCGUAGCAGUUUCAAUCGAUCCAUGGCCCUGGCAGUUCUUUAGAGUUAUCUUUUUUUGCUUCUUCAUAUAAUUAAAAUUAGAACAAAAAUUGAUUCUUUUUGUUUGGGAUAAUUAAUUAAGGAGAAGUUGUAGAUCAUUCACACAUGUUCAUUCUAAAAUCUAGCUUAUAUAAAUACACACAAGUUGUCAUUAUAUUUA